UCGGACUAUAAAUAAUCCAAAGCCCGGCCAAGGUGGUAUAGUAAUCAUUGACAGCUUCAACGAUCUACACGCCUUCAACAUGAAAUUCGCCAUCGUCCUGUUCGCCCUCUUCGCCCUGGCCGUGGCCGCCCCCGCUGGUCCGGAAGUUACGAUCCUGCGGUCGGAGUCUGACGUCGGACCCGAGAGCUUCAAAUACGGCUGGGAGACCAGCGAUGGUCAGUCCGCUCAGGCUGACGGACACCUGAACAACGUUGGAACCGAGAACGAGUCCCUCGCCGUCCGUGGCUCUUUCUCCUUCGUGGCUGAUGAUGGUCAGACCUACACCGUGAACUACGUCGCCGAUGAGAACGGAUUCCAGCCCCAGGGUGCCCAUCUGCCAGUUGCCCCCGAGGCCUAAGUUUUUAGAUUAUUAAUAAAUUGUUUAUAAAAAAAAUCGUUACCUUUUUCGCUUUAAAAUUGAAUGGGUUCUAAGUAAUGCAUUGUUUGGAAAGAAUUCCUAAUUUUUAAGUAAUAGUUUCAACCACAUCUCAAUCCAUCUGGAAAAGAAACCAGAUUAAAGAUGGAAGAAAUACUUAAAAAAAACAAGAAAGUAAAACUAACUUAUUGAGAAAACGAGGAUUAUAUACCCUUUCACUAAAAUAUAGGUUUUUAUUUAAAGAUGUGUAUAACAAAUAUCGGAUACAGUUGGCGGC